UCUCAAUUUGGCGUUGCUGGCAUCGUGCAUCCAACAUCGUUCGCCAUGGCAAAGACAAAAGCAGAUACAAAGAACACGGCCAAGUCACCCAAGACAAAAUCAAAAGCAAAAGUAAAGUCUGAGCCGAAGAAACCGGUAGCACCCCGCAAGAGAAAAGCGGACAGCAACAGCAACCCAUUUGACCUUCCUCCUGAUGUCGGUCAGGCUUCCAUUAUGAAGUUCACCCAGAAUCAGAAGACUCAACCUUCUGCAGUAUCACCGCCCAACGAUGCUCCCGUUGAUCAUCAAGUACAUGUGACUGAUGCCAAGGAUAUCGCAGUUGAGCAUGACCCACAGGAUGGACAUAUGGAUCUUGACAAGACAGUGAUUCCAGAGGUUUACCUGAACUUGAGCAGGGGACCACAUAUCAAUCUGUCAGAGAUUGUAGUGACAACCCGUGAAAAGACAACUGGACCAGUUUCUGUUUGGAGACCUAUCCUUGGUGACUUUGUGAGGUGUUUGUCUGAAGAUGAAGUGAACUUACUGGUUACCCAAUGCAAAAAUCACCCUCAGCUCGACGAACAUGUCAAAACGAUUUUGGCAACAUGUGGUAUCACUGGUGAAGAAUGGACAUUUGCUGAUCCAGAAGGUGACGUACUUGAAGAUGUUGAAGAAAUGAUUGUAUGGUUGGUUAGCGAAGAGCAUUCCAAUCGCGUCAAGUCGACACCAAUGACUGAAUCAACACCCAUGGAAGAUGUGUUGACUGCUGACAAUGCCACGACAGCGAACACAGCUUCUCCAGAGGCUGUCACGGCUCCCGUCAACACCGGCGAUGUCAUUGGCACGGAUCAGCAGGACUCUGAACUAGCGGAUGAAAAACCAGAUCUCUUUUCCAAGAUGAAAUCCAAAGUGGAUGCGCUCAUCUCACACCAGGCAUGCUCAGAUCAAGCUCAAGUUUCCGAAACUCGUCUUCUACAAGACAUGGUAGAGCUGUUUGACAGCUUUGAGGAGUUAUCAGCGACCAUGAUCACCAACAAGGACCUUUUUGCGAAGAACCUCAAGGCAUGGAAGCUCAUCGAGGAAGACAGUUCAGCUGCAUUUGCACCUGAUACCGGAAUCCCCUGGACUUCUGUAUGGUCAUGCAUCAAGAACCUCAUCACCAAGUUUUCUUCGGUUGAGGUAACAGACCAGACGAACUACAUCCAGAGCAUCAAGAAUGUGCUGGACGUCGCUCUGUCAUAUCAACUCAGUUCGCCGUAUGAAUCACAGGAGUUUUUGGAGACUGAUGAGGAAGACGCCCCUGACUCCAUACCAGAUGGGAUACAACCUGAUAUUACAGCUGACGCAAUCAUGCAGAGCUAUGCUCAGGCGAUGGUCGCCCGUGCAAUGGACAUUCCGGGUACGCAAGAGAAGAUUGCUAACCUUCGUCGAUCAUGGGCAAUCGCUAGCACAUGCACAGGAUGUGGUACAUUCGAGAUGUGUUUCCAACAUGUUGCUGAUGCAUUGUCGACCAGACUGCCAGUACACGAUGAUGAUGAGUUUUUAGUGAAUGUGACAAUGGCAUGCGAGUGUGAGAAAUUCAAGCAAGCGAACUUGAUCAAGCAGGUUCUGGAUCGCUCCACAUGUUUGUUCCAAGAUGUCACAUGUUUGGACAACAACACCGAGCGACAUUGCGUUGCACAUGAGAAAGCAUGUGAUUUGCCGUUGCAUCUCUUUUGCUUGGGCAGCAUGAUCCUGCUGACAGCCACAGAUUUCGGGUUGCCACAGCGACGGACACGACUGUUCAUCUUGGGGGUGAGUACAUCACGUGCAGCUGCAGAGCUUCAUAAUCCCCCUUCGGAUGUGUUGGACACCGCGCUUGGUACAUAUCUUCCCAAGUUCAAGACGACUCCGUUACAGGUGGAUGACUUUCUGCUUCGUGACACAGACGAGUUUGUGCAAGACGAACUCCGCAGGCGUCAGAAAGUGCGACACGAUCGUUCGAAGCGACAAUCCGGUGAUGUUCAGGAUGAUCAAGAUUUUGACUUGGACAAUUCAUUACGUGGUGGGAAGUGGAAAGAAACACAUAUGGCAAUGGCAAAUGCCAGUGGCGUCAAUUGGCCGUUGCAAACUCCGGACGAUCUCGAGAAAAACGAAUGGUUCAAUACCCUCCCGCUUCGUGAACGUGAGGUCGUGAUAUUUGUGAUGAACAAGAACAAGGACAACAGCUCCACAGAUGAACCGUUGGUGCGCUUUGCUGACUUGUACCACAGCGCCAAUAGGACUCCGAUGUCUUCACAUGACGUUGUACCAACGAUCCUGCCGUCGGGAACGGUGUGGGAUUGCAAGCGUGGCCGGCUUUUACUUGGCAUGGAACAGCUUGCGCUACAAGGUAUCCAAUUCGAAUCACCGGACAUCCUGACCAACAACCAGAACCAGGAUUUGGCCGGCAAUGCGUUUCCUUCGACGAUUAUGAUUGCGCUGCAGAUCUCAAUGAUAUGCUCUUUAGAUUAUCCAUCGACUUCGGAUGACUUGGCCAUGGAUGCGAUCCAGCAAUGUCUGAACAGACUUCGUUGAGAUGAGAAAAGUCAACUCAACUACCUUUUUUCGUAUGGUAGUUCUUUCCUGAAUGGAAUGGAAUCGACACGUAGCUUUUAGAGCUGCACUGUAGAGAGUGUUUUCACUUCACAGAAGAUCCAGCAGAGGAGUCAAC